AUGGGAAAAAGCAAGAAAAGGAAGCAUUCCAAGGAUUCUCGAUAUUACAUUCUUAAAAAAAUUAGGAAAUUAGAGGAAAAAAUAAAGAGAAAAUACGGAGAUACAUCAUCAUCGUCAGAAUAUUCCGAAGGGGAAUAUUCAAACCACUCAGGGGACCAUAUACCAGAGACGCCAAACGUCAGGUCUCCAUCACUUCCGCCGAUCACCAAGGAACCAAUUUUACCGACUGACAAACCUUCGAACGAAAAGGACAGAGAGGGCACAACGACCGAUGAUCCGCCAAAUUCAAAUGACCAGUCAAACGUCUUUUCCGAAACACCUCCAGAUAUUAUGAAGGAAUCAGAGGUUGAAAUCCCUGCUGUUGAGCAGGAUAUUUUGGAGAUUCUUGGGGAAGAUCCCUCGAAAAUAGAAAAACAUGGAUCAGAUUUCCACACGGAAAUAGCCACACGAUUUCAGUACUGGUCUACGUUGGGCAUCAACAAGGAGAACCGAAAAGAAUUAAAUGAGAAAUAUUUAAUUCCAAGAAACUGCCCUUGCAUUAACGCUCCUUUAAUUAACCCAGAAAUUAAAGCAGCACUGUCAGAUACUGUAGUGAAACGAGACAAAGGCAUCGAAGCCAAACAGAAACAACUCGCUUCAGCGAUCUCUUGUGUCGGAGGAGCUAUCUCUCACUUGAUUAACUCAAAAGAGAAGGAUAAUGUAUUACUAGGGCAACUUACGGAUGCUGGACGUCUCUUGUGUGAUCUUCAAUACACAGAGUCAAUUACACGCCGUAAUUUCGUUUUUUAUUCAGUUAAAAAAGAGUUUAAAGACCAACUAUUGACUACAAAAAUAGACAAACACCUAUUUGGUGAAAACUUAGCGGAUACGUUAAAAACAGCAAAAGCAGUUUCAAAAUCCGCAGCUGAGAUGAAAGACGAUACCAGUCCUAGUAUAAAAACCCAGAAAAAGACAGAAAAACCUCUGGCUUCCAGGGAUUUAAACUCCAAAGCUCCGGUUCCGCUUCGCAGGCAGUCGGGUCCAAUAAGGAGCUCGGGGCCUGCUUCUCGACAUCAUUAG